AGGCAUAAAAAUUCCGCUACUGGUUAAAAUCACAUCAGUUUGAUUGCAUUUCUCAUCGAAUACAAACAGUGAAUUGAAUUAACUCCAAAAUGAUGAGCAAAAGUUCAUUUUUAUUAGCACUACUUUUAGUGCAAUUGAUGACAUUCGGAAGUGCCAUGUCGCAUGGAACCACUCGUGAAGGUGGACCUCCAGGAGGUCAUCAAGGUGGUGGACCAGGUGGAUCAGGAGGUCCAGGUGGUCAAGGAGGAUCCCCAUCAGGUCAAAAUGGAGGCAGUGGAAGCCAAGGUGAUUCAUCCAGCAGUUCGGGUACACCUAGCUCUGACUCUACUUCGGGAUAGAGAUUGUGAAUCUGAUUUAUUUCCCAAAUUUUUUAUUCUUUUGGUCAUUGUUUAGUUCGCGUUAAACUCUUUAUUUCUCUUCCUUGCUUUUCUUUCAACAAGUACACUAUAAAAAUAGCAAAAAUAAUUUCCAUUGUAAGCACCUCACGUGAAUAAAACCCAAAGGCAACCGAUGCAAAUUGCCUUUCUAU